CUCGGAAAUCAACCCCACACCUCCUUCACGUAAUAAGCUUAUUUAAGGUCACCCCCAGGAAGCUUGUCGACACUCUUGGUUCUUCUUUUCAACGCAGGAAGGACCCUUGAGCCAGAUCUGGAAGAACAGCCACUCGUAGAAGGUGCAGCUUGGACACAGCCAUUGUAUGGGCAGCUGAUGAAUACUAGGCGGCGCGUAGUAUCACUUACACCUGAAUAGUACCUACUUAUACUGGCCAUCAAUAUUAUUCCCCUCAACUAUUGCUAUCCCAAUUCUUUGAAAUCUACCAGACCUGAUAGAUCCUCAAAAUGCCCGUCCCAUGAUCAAUGUCUUUCCUCGUAAAUGCUGAGAUACAUCAUCAAUGCGGCCAUGGGAAAUGGUAUAGGGCGCCGCGAAACUCCUACGGCCGUCUGUGACUCAGUCAGCCCGAGAUGAAGGACAACAAACAGAAACAGGUGAGCUUGAGGGGCGGCAGAGACACCCUCCAGAUACUUGGCCAACCCGCGUAUCAUCGCUGGGCCCGGGUCGAAACCUUGCUGCCGCCGAUCCUCCACGAAGUAAUGACGCUGCUCAGAACGAAGAACGUCCACAUGGACGGCCGAAUGCUUCGGGGGAGACUAUGAACCACACCAUUCAUAAAUUAGAGCGCUUGCUGGAUGAAGCUGUCAGGAUCGCCCAAAUGGCGGGUACGGCAGAAGAACAAAUAUCAGAAGCUGCAUCAAAAGCAAAGGAGUUUCAACCUGCGCAGGCCAUUGCUUCUAUGGUAGACGCAUGCCUUGAGGAGGUGAAAGCAAAAGUUGCUCACCCGUCAAGCCUUUUACAAAUCCCGUCAUCCGAAAAGACGGGCACAACUCAUAACAAGAAGGGCGACGACCACGACGAAACCAGCCACUCGGAUGGUUCACAAACCGCGCCCAGUAGCGAUCAGGCACUAAAACCACCGCAGCCAGUGGCGGAUCCACUGGAAGAAAAGAAAGCCACCUUGUCGCGGGGCAGAAAGACCUCAGAGCAAGAAAGGCGACCUCGCAGGUACUCAGGCAUCGGGUCCCUCGGUUCACCGCAGGUCAGACCACGCACCACUUCGGCCAUCGACCCUCACGACAGACAAAGAAGCACGUCAGGAGAGCAGCCAUUACCAACGCUGAGACUCAAUAGCGUUGACAUGAAGGAUGACGACGAGGAAAAGGAUUUCUUGCUGAACGACGGUAUUCCACUCCAGGUGCCCCGGCCAGGGCAUGAGCGGCAUUUCACCCAUGUAUUUGGCAUCGAUUCCAGACAAGCGAGCAUCAAUCUGGCCCACGGUGACAAGAUUGAUCUGAAUGGCGUGAGGCACGUGGACAUCGCAGACCAUCCAGAUGACUUCGAUGUACACGAAUCAUGCCACCAUGCCCCAAUAGCCCGGCACUGGACCACAUCUAAAAAGCGUUGGGUCGCCCUCAGUUCUUGCAUCAACACUGCUUGUCUAGGCUUCUUGAUCGGCAUCUAUUCUGGAGAGGUGCCUGCAAUCCAGUACGUGAUUGUCGACUUCAACCGCUUGAUGAUUUUCGGCAAUGUCUUUCUUUACUGCGGGCUUGCCAUACCAACUCUAGUAUUCUGGCCGUUGCCUCUUCUGCACGGCCGGAAACCGUACAACAUCGCAGCUUUGACGCUGACAUUGUGCUUGCAAAUACCUCAAGGACUGGUAGUCAGCGUCUUUCGAACGCCAGAUGUGCGGAGGUACCGGAUACUUCUGCUCCUCUCUCGGGGUGUCUCGGGACUUGUCUUUGGUUUCGCGAACAUCAACAAUCUAGCAACGUUAUUAGAUCUGUUCGGGGCGUCGCUCAAGAGCAGUGAAACCAACGAGGACCUUGAGGAUCCACUUGACGUCCGUCGACAUGGAGGAGGGAUGGGAGUCUGGCUGGCGAUCUGGUCCUGGUGCACGGUUGGAUCGAUCGCCAUCGGGUUUGUGAUGGGGGCUUUCAUCAUCAGCGGAACCUCCGUUGACUGGGGCUUCUGGAUAUCCCUGAUGCUCCUCAUGGCGGUCCUGUUGCUGAAUGUUGUCUCGCCAGAAGUGCGCCGAUCUGCCUUUCGAAGGACGAUUGCUGAAAUGUUGGGUGCCGGCGGUAGCUUCACCAGGGUGGCCCGCGGUGAGGUCAAAUUGCACUUGACAGGCAAUGGACCUUAUUGGUGGGGCGAAGAGGUACUUGCUGGUCUUCGACUGAGCUGGAAGAUGGUCAAUCAACCUGGUUUCCUCGUGUUGUCCAUAUAUGCCGCAUGGAUCUAUGCACAGUUCACGCUGAUAUUGAUGCUGCUGGGAGCGUUGGCAUCAACGAGAUACCGAUAUAAACCGGUCGAAGUUGGGCUCUGUGUCCUAUCCUUGGCCAUCGGAGCAAGCAUGGCCAUCCCAUUUCAGAAGGCCUCAUGGCUCAGUCGCGCCCGAUAUCUACCUCCACGGUCGAACAGCAUGACCUUAGAGAGCACGAUGAGCUGGACAUCACAUGCACUCCGUCGAUCAUUGUGGAUGGUAUUUCUGCCGCUGGCAGCCAUUGGCUACGCCCUUACCUCGAAAGGACCUGUCUUUCCGGUAGCAGUUCCUUGUCUUUUUGCAGGACUUGUAGGUUAUGCUUCGGUCUUGGGCAUUGGGGAAUGCUACGCGUUGAUGAUGCAGACCUUUGACACAUCCGACCUGCAACCGGGAAUGACGGGGCGACCAGCGCGACCAAGUGUCAUGGGACGAUAUCGUCAGCAAAGAACAAACUUUACCUGCUAUCCCAGAGUCAGCGCCGCAAUAGCGAUCACGCAAUUCUUGAAAUUCGUCUUCGGGGCCGUGUCAACGGGGAUCUGUGGCCGCGUCGAGAGAAGAUAUGGAGCAAUGCGAGCGGCGGGUAUCGUAGCUGGGAUUCUUCUGCUGCUGACCCUCCUCGUCCUCGCAGUGAUUGUCCGCUACAAGACAGUGCAGAUGAUCCCCAGUGAAGCAGAUCGGGACACUAGUCAAGAAGAAGGGUGGGAGCCGGUGAUACUAGGGGACCCUACCGGAUUGACUCGCAAGAUCAGUCUUUUGGAGGCGGGCGACCUCACCCGGUGGACUGAGAUUCGGCGCAGGAAUCAUUUGGAGGCCCACCUUACUCGGCGGUGACGAUGGAAACCCGGGGGAUAUGUUUAUAGCACAAUCAAGAAAGGGCGGGUACCCAAUGCCCCUCCAAGACUGCCAGUGGUCCUCUGUAGCCGUCAGCGUUACUAAUCGUGUUACUAAGCUGUGUGCGAUAUUGUGGAGGCUGAGUCAGCGGAGCCCGAACGAUAUCUGGUGCCAAUCACGGUGGUGAAGCCGAUUAGCCACUGCCAGGUGCAUGGAGAACAUACAAUAAAUGCCCAUAAUGCGAG